GGUAGAAAAAAGUUUUAUUUAUAUAUAUAUAUAUGUCGUGUUUUAUAAAGUAAUUUGUAUAGCAAAAAGAAAGUUUUCGUGUAAGUCCUUGUGAUAUCGAAUUUAAAUAACUAGAAAUGAAGUGCACCAUCCCAGAAAUUUCGUGGCACAACAGAGAUCCAGUUUUGAGUGUCGAUGUUCAGAGUGGUAAAGAAGAUGAUUUUUACAGGCUUGCUUCAGGUGGAACUGAUUCCCAUGUUGUGGUGUGGCACCUCCGCGUGAAGGAGAACGGCAUGGCCGAGGUGAGCUUCGCGGCGGAUCUGCAGCGCCACCAGAGGGCAGUCAACACGGUGCGCUUCUCCCCGUCGGGGGAGCUCCUGGCCUCCGGGGAUGACGAGUCGGCCAUCAUCGUGUGGAAGCAGAAGACGGAGCAGGACGGACCCGAGGCGACGGCGGGCGCGGGGCCCGAGGGCGGGGCGGAGCAGUGGCUGCUGGUGCGGAUCCUUCGCGGGCACGUCGAGGACGUGUACGACCUGAGCUGGUCCGCCGACUCGACUUGCCUCGUGUCGGGAUCCGUUGACAACACCGCCAUCCUCUGGGACGUCCACAGAGGUAGACACACUGCAAUUCUUUCAGAUCACAAAGGUUUUGUACAAGGUGUGGCGUGGGACCCCAAGAACCAGUACGUUGCUACGUUAAGCAGCGACAGGACGUGCAGGGUGUUCAACCUGCAGACGAGGAAGGUGGCGUGCCGGAUCAGCAAGGCCGUCCUUCCCGCGGCGGCCGAGGGCCGCGAGGCGGGGCCCGAGGCUCGGCCCCUCCGGCUCUUCCACGACGACACCCUCAAGUCGUUCUUCCGACGCCUGGCCUUCUCCCCCGACGGGGAGCUGCUGUUCGCGCCGUCCGGUAUCGUCGAGUCGCCGGACACGGGCAGGCACGGCAACGCCACCCACGUCUUCGUGCGCCGCCGGCUCAACAGGCCCGUGAUGUACCUGCCGUCGCCCGACCACUACACGAUCGCGGUGCGCUGCUGCCCCGUGCUAUUCGCGCUGCGUGACGGGGAGUCCAUGUUCGCGCUGCCCUACCGCGUGGUGCUGGCCGUGGCGACGCAGAGCUCCGUCGUGCUGUACGACACGCAGCAGCCGGAGCCGUUCGGCAUUGUCUCCAACAUCCACUACACCCGGCUGACGGACCUCGCCUGGUCCUCUGAUGGGCGAGUGCUGGUGGUGGCUUCGACAGAUGGUUUCUGCUCCAUCGUGACGUUCUCGAAAGGGGAACUGGGCGAAGAAUAUGUUCCUGUAAAAAGCAGUGCAGUUACUACUGCCACGGAGGACACAACUGUUGUCAAACCAGUUGUCACCACGUCGGAUGAUAGCAGGGUUGGCAGCAGUGUCGCUGCACCUCCUGUGGUGCAGGCAGCGAAGGAAACUCAGAACGGGGGAGUUAGAACCAAGCCCGAAACGUGUUCACCGGAGUCGACCCGUGGUAAAGCAGUACCUCAGGAGUCGAAAGCUAGUGACCAACCAAAGAAGAAACCUGCAAGAAGAAUCCAGCCCAUCACACUCACUAGCAGAAACAGUCCUUCGAAAUCAAAGGGUGAAACAGCGGGUCAGUCUAACGUACCAGGAUCACCACAGAACAAAAGCAUUUCGACAUCCUGUGACAAACUGAAAAAUUGUGAAAAGAGUAAAGACGAAACCCUGUCUCAUCAAUCAUCUGUUGUAGAGGACAGUAGUCCAGAUGACGGGGGAGGUAUGGAUGUUGAUUGUGAUGAUGACAUAGUGGAAAUUAUUUCAAAUAAAGAGACUUCCAACCAGUUGCAAGCUCAGACUGACAAUGAAACAGGAGUGCAUUCGUUGGAAUCAGCCAAUGACAAAGUGGUUCAUCAGGAUUCUGAAGUUGGAGGAAAAAUCGCAGAGGAAAAGGCUAUCAGAAGAAUUCAGCCUAUUAAACAGACAGAAAAUAACAGUCCACCAAAACUGAAGAAUGCGACAUCAUGUCAGCCGAGCAAAAGUCUUUCAACGUCCUGUGAUAAAAUCGAAAACGGUGAAGCGAGCAAAACUGAUAUUUCAUCUGGUGAGUCACCUGUAGUGAAGCAUGAUGGUCCUGGUGAGAAUGGGGUUAUGGAUGUUUAUAGUGACAGUACCUUAGUGAAGAUUAGUUCGGAAGGUGCUGCCCCGAAGCUGUUGGACACUUCAGCCGACAUCGAAAAAAAUCUAGCUUCCGUCGAGACGACGUGCGAGAAAUCUACGACAAAUGCAGUUAGCUCUUCGCCUGACAGCAAACCAAAAGAUUCGUGUGCUGAAAGAGUACAGUCUGGUGCGUUUCCGUCGGAGACAUCUUCGGUCGCCGGUUCGCAGACUCCGGAACAAGUGCAACCGGACGGUGUUGCUGCUUGUGAUAAAGUUCCCGAGCAGAAAUGCCUUCGUGUGGCGAGUGAAGAUGUCUCUUCGGCCAAAGCGGGAAGCGUCGAGCGGAUGGACGUCGAUGAGGUCGUGGAGGCUGAUGGCGGAACAAGUCACAAAACCUCAGCUUCGGACAAAGUUCUCUGUGGUUCCAGCACAGUCGGUGAGAAGUCUGAGUGUUCAGACGGAAGUGUUGCGGAUGGUUCAGAGAAACCCGAGCGUAGUGAAGAUACCGGCGGUAGUGUGGCAGAUUCGGGCUCCCGCGAAGCGGACGCUGUUCCUGAGCAGGGCCACAAAACCCCGAGGAAAACCGCGGGAGCGGCCUCGGAGCACCCUGCGGGACCGGAAACCCCCCCGGGACCGGCGGUGGGGGGCGACGCCGCGACACCAACCAAGUCCCCGGCCCCGAAAGCCAAGAAGACCCCCAGGAGAGUCCAGCUAAUCACCCUGUCCAGCCCGAAGAGCAAGCGUAGCCUGCUCCAGUCGUGAGAGUUCUCGCGGGUCGACGCCUUCAAACCCAGCCUCGAGAGAUUAAAGUCUUCAUGGUCAGGACCAGUGUAUUGUAUCCACCUGUAAACGUUUGCCUGCAGGAUGUGCUAGCUUUGGCCUUCCUUUUGAAUCGCCACUUCGCCUUUUUUUAUAUAUGUAUACUAAGUGUGGACUGUGUGCAAGAUACAGGAAAAAAACACUUUGUCAUAAAAUAUUAACUUGUAGACUCUUUUCCCCCCCACAUUCUGUGCUGCUACCGUAGGUCCGGUCGACGUCAGUACUUCUGGAACAUUUUAAGAAUUUUAGUGUACAUAACAUAUUUAUGUUCUCCAAUAUUACAAAUGAUAGGUUAUGUUAUAUAUGUGCUCAUUUUCCAUGCAGUGAAAUUAUUAUGCCUAUUUUUAACUCAAUGUUUCCACCAUUGAGUAACUUUGAACAAAUUUCAUAUUAUAUCCCUUUUUAUUUUACACAUGUGUUUUUAAUAUUUUUUGUUAAUCUCUAUAAAAGUGUAAAAAAAUUAUCCACUGUAGUUAGUGAUAGGUAUGUACGUAUUAAAACAUGUAUUUAUCUGACAACCUUUGUUAGACUGCUUUAAUGUGGCUGUUUUGUCAGCAGUUAAAUGGCUUGACGAGAAACGAUUAGGAGGAGACGUUACUUUCAUUACUAAUUUUUUUCUUCCAGGUGUUUUUUGAUAGUGAAAAUUAUUUAGCUGUUGAAAAAAAUUUUAUCUUGGUGCUGUAAUUCAUAAUCGUAGCGAAUGGAGUAUGUUUUACAAAAAAAAAUUUCUUGUGUAGUUUGCAUUUGAAACCAUUAUCCUCUUUGUCACUGUUGAACUGAAAAGGUGAUCUGUGUACAUGAUUCAUGCUAAACAGUUGAUAUAGAUAUUUCAAAUAUUACAUUUCUUCAUUGGAAAAUAAAUGUUGGAAUCCAGACUAGUAAAAUAAAUUCACUUAACCAAGUGAACAUUCGUGGGGUCUAAAAUAUUCAAAUACAUAACUCGAAAAUUCUUGUUUAGUUGACAUUAAUUUAUAAAAUUUCGUAUUGAGAUUGAAAAUGAAUGUUCAGGAUGUUCUGAUCUAGAUUGAUUUACUGAAUAUGUUUGCAAAAUCCUGUAACUUACUCCCCAGAAACUUUAUUCCUACUGCCUUGGAUAGAUAUGGUUUCUCACUUCCCGGCAUUCUGAUAGCCUCCUUUAAGCAUAGUUUUGGUGGCAAAGAAUUACAACUUGUAAAAUAUUUGUUUGCAAUUCAGUGGCACCAUGUGUUUUUACACUAUCUGUAUGAUACCUUGUCCAAAAAUUUACAAUCUAUGUGCAUAACAUAAAAAGAGACAAGAUUUUAAGGUUUUAAUUUCAAGCCAAUUUCAUUUCUCAAACAAGAGAUUUCUGUGUUUUUAUAUUUUAUGAAAUAUGUUUAUUAAAGAAGAUACCUAGUAUAUUACUGAAGAAAUAUGAAACUUCAAUGUCCACAUGAUACUAAUUUCACCAAAAUAUUGUCAUUUUGACUGAUACAUGAUGCAAUUUUUCACUAAAAUGAUUUGUAAUAAGUAUUUCUAAAUAAAAUAAAUCUGUUAACUAUGUACUUCUGUGUUUGAUAAAUGUUCUAAGGUCUCAAUUUAAAAAUGAACUAAUAACUAGAGAUAUGAUUUAUAGUUUUAUUUUUAUAAAAGAAGUUUUAUAAUAAUUACUACACCAAAAUAGUGAUAAAAUUUAUACGCUGCAUUGUUACAAUAAAAUAAUUUGUGUCAAAUUGAUUUAAAACAGAUAUAUUCAGAACAAUAAAAAUUGAUUAGCUAGCAUUUAUGGUUUGAAAGUGUUUGAAUAAGAGAUGCACAAUAAAACAAUAUAUAUUGAUUUUUCAGAAAGCACUUUGGUACGCUUUUUGUCCGGAACUAAUGACAGUCCUUUUAAGAGAUUCCUUUUUUUUAUGAUUUGUAUUAUGUUUUGGUCAAAUGCUACUUAAUUCCAUGAUUUAACUUGCAUUUUAGUGCUAAAUAGUUAAUUAACUUGUAUUUUGUGUUACACAGUGUUAGGACAUGCUUUUCAGCUUUAUAGCAAUUUACCAUAUAAUCCUGUUCCUAUACAUAACUUGCAAGGUUUACUAAUGAAUACUUAAAUUGUUUAACUGAGUUUAAUUUUCAUACUAUCAGAAAAAGACCACACUAAAUUCAAAUUCUGUGAUCUUAAUAUCAUUUUACUUUACAUACAAAUUUUUUACUAUAAGACUAUAAGGAAGGUGCAUUACGGGAUAUAGUUGAAUUUGCUGUAAUUUUAUCCUCCUGUAUCGUGAACAAGUACACUUGCAUGAUUCCAAGGUAGGUCAUUAUUUUUCUUCAUGUUUUUUUUUUCUGAGGGAACAUCAGUUUUUGAGGGUUAAAAAAAAAAUUCAGAUAGCAAGAGGGGAAUAGUUAGAGGAGAGUGGGUUAGUGGCGACGCCACUCAACGCAUGCGCUAGCGAUCGAAUGUGAAGGCUCAAAGCUGUUUGUCUACCACUCAGUUUUACAUAACAACUGACUAUUAUCGACGUUAAAAAUUUUUUUUUUCACUUGAUACACUCAUAUUCGUACUGUACUCAAUUAUUAUCUCUUGUUCAAUUUAAAAAAAAAAAUACUAUUAUUUUAACUGUCUAUAUAUAAUAAACAAGAAGUUUCACUUUUGUAGUGUGUGGACACCAUGCGGCCUUUGUGUUUCGCUGUGGGUUUUUUUUUUUUCUCUGCAGAGCUUUUUUGAGGAAUAUGUACAGCACUACUGGUUGGGUUAGGCAUUUCUUUCCUUGAAGUGUUGACGUGGGUAGUUGAAGUGGAGAAGCAAGUAAAUGUGAGCGGAGCUGUGAAUGGGGCCAGGAGUGGUCGUGAUGUUUCACAGAGCUCUCUGUAAACUGAAAUUACGAUACCUACGUCAUUUGUUAAGCCUUGAUCUUUUUUCUUUUUUCUCCCCUACUCAAUUGCUCCUUAAUUUUUCAUCCUGUAAUUCUUUUAGUACAGUUUUGGACGUCAUUUAUUAUGAUUUUCGUAAGUACACUAAAUACAAAUUAAAGUACUGUUGUGCGACUUGUCGAAACCAAACAUGUUAUUGGUGUUUGAAUUAUUUUUUUUGU